UCGCUAAGCAGUUUGUUUAUGCCUGGUCAGAGAUCCGUUUUAGAUUUUCUAGAUAUAAAAUAACUCUAGAUUUAUUCUUUAUAGAUCUCAAAGACUAGAUCUAUAUCAAAUUACCCAAUUCGGAUCUAGAUCUAUUGUUAGACUAGGUCGACGUCUAGGCCAUAAUGGCAAGCUCAGUGUCAAGACCUAGGACAGCAUCUCUGAAGUGGAGCAGACCCCAAUCAGUUCCCCAUGUUACUGUGGUUGGCCAGCAUUCUCUUGAUCAAGAUAUGUUCAUCACAGGAAUGCCAAUUCCUAUUCUCAAUCAAGACACACCCAGAAAUUUAAAUUGGCCACUGGCUCAACCAUCAAGAAAACCUUAUGAAUGUAAAUCUACAGCCUGGAGGAGUGAUAUUGAGCUGGUUGAACAAGUCUGUGACAAAAUAACACCAGAUUUAGCUGCUUUCAAAGAAAUGUUUAAGUUUAGAGAUCCCUAUGGCAACUCCAUUGUAACCAGGGAAGGUCUUUUCUUAAUUAUAAAAUCCCUGGUUGGUCAUGUCAGUAGAGAUCAGUAUGACUCUUUCUUAAAAAGCAUCAACCUGCACUGGAGAUCUUGGAUAAGUUUUGAUGAAUUUGUAUUUCAUCUUCAAGACAAACUGCAAACCACAAACGGAAGCACCAUCUGGCAGUCAAAAGAUAAUAAGGAGGAUAAGAACCUUGUUGUUCAGGUGUGGUCACCAUUUUCUGAUGUACCAAAAGGAUUAGUUACUUUAUAUAAGAAAUUACAAACAGGUGAAAUUAAUAUUAUGAGUCUCUUACCUGUUUCCUGCUUUCAAGAAGGUCAAAUUUUUCAACACCAAUUAAAAAAUGCUCUAAGAUCAGCCAAUGUCAUUUUGUCGGAUAAGGAUUUGAAAGAGCUAUGGAAAAAGCUAGAGCCAGAUAAAUAUGGGGCAGUCUUGAGUCAAAAAUUGUUCGCAAUGUUUGACCUUAACAAUAAAGGACUGCCCAAAUUUGACCAAAACUUUGAUCAUAGUCGUCUGUCUAAAUCUGGUCAAAAUAAACUCCAGCAUUCACAUUCACUAGAUAAUAUUUAUGGGAGUCUGUUGGAGGAUCGCCAAGGAAAAACAAGGCUAGAGACAACCUCUACAAACAAACACAGCUCUUCUGUGACUGUUUCAAAGGUUGAUACUGUUGAACUGCAUGACAACGAAGUGGAGGUACUCGGCAGAUACGAUACUCGAAGCACCAAUAGUGUGAAACAGAAGUUGACUCAGGUAACGACCACUACUAAUGAGGUGAAGACAACAACAGAAACAACCACCACAACCUGUGAUGGGGGAGAUAAUUCUCAGUUGUCCCCCUAUGUGCUAAAGUUGUUGCAGGCAAAAAAGUCGCCUCCACAAUUUAAUGAUGUUGUUGACAACUUGCACUAUAAGUUUGAAGAAACUUACAGAAACCUUGAAGCUGCAUUCAAACUAUUUGACUUUAUGAAUGAUGGGUACAUUGCCAGGAUUGACUUCAGACGUGUCCUUAAAGAGUUCGGUUUCGACAUCAAUGCCAUUGAGCUUGACACAUUCUUAAAGAGGGCCGGAAUUGGCGUUGUUCAAGGACUCAUCAACUACAAACAAUUUCUGGCCAAAUAUCAAUCUAAAGGAGAUCUGAGUUUGUUGGCAAAACUCACGCAACAAGUCAAUGACAGAAAAUACAUUGAGACUGAGGAAAUACUGAAAGCAGAACAGAAAGGACAAAAUGUCUCCAAAAUGUUUCACUUUGAUUACAUCAAGCUUCAUGAGCUUCUGAAGCAGAAAGACAAAAACAACUCUGGCAUUAUACCUUUACAAGAGCUGAGAUGGGCUGUGAACAGUGUGUUAGGAAUCCUGAUGACAGAUGAUCAGUUCAACAAGUUACUACAAAAGGUAGACAAAGAGGCAGUGGUCAAUAACUCUCAAGUAAAUUAUGAAACAUUCUUGGAUCUUUUCAAGUCACAGCCAGGCGUAUGGAACCAGCACAAGAAUGGUCCUUUUGUUAGACAAAAGUAUCUUCUAGGGGAAAUAACUCCACCAACACCCGUGUUAAGCUUGGUUGAGAAAUCAAAAACAUGGAUGGCACCUAGUGCAGAGAAAAAGAUUGCUGGGCAUUCUAAGCUUUUGGAGAUUCAUCAAAAACUUUCAAAGCUUUUCACUGACAGAUUUCAUAUUUUCGAUAAAAACUUUCAAGACAUGGAUAGAAAAAAAAGUGGCUACAUGACUAAAUGGCAACUUGGUGCACUUCUGAAACUGUCUGGUAUAACAUUGUCUGUCAAAGAUUUGGAUGUGCUUUGGGCUUCUCUAAACACAGCAGCUGAUGACACACUGAGUUAUGCAGUUCUAGUGAAAUCCUUUGUGUUGAAAAACCAACCCAGUGCAUCUCAGAAAGGUAGACCAACAACUUCAAAGCCAUCAGCAAAGGCCACAGUUGGCAGUAAGAGGAAGACAACCCCUGCUAAUAUGUCUCUGAGCCAGACACAAGCUGCUACUGACAGUAUCAAGGAUAAAAGAUCUGCAGAGCUUAUCAGAAAAAUCAAAGAUGAUGUCAUGUCAAGAUGGGAUGUACUUAUGUCAAUAUUUCUAAACAAAGACUUAAAUGGAUAUUCCUCAAUAUCUGUGGAUGAAAUGAAGGACAUUUGUUCCAAGAUGAAGUUUUCCCUGACAUCGUCAGAGGUCUCUGAUCUUUGUGCUAUGUUUGACAUCCAAAGCAAUGGCUGGUUCCAUUACCUAGCCUUCCUUCAUGCAGUCAAGAAACAGUGCGGUGAAUCCAACAUAAGUCCUUGUGUUUUCAACAUCUGUACAAAACACCUUCAUCGAAAGGCAGGACCAACUUCCAUGGCAAUAACCAUUUAUGAUUUCCUGUCAGAGCUAAAAUUCAUGCUUCUUUCAAAGUUUAAAACUCUGAGAGGCUCCUUUAAAUUCUUUGACCUGAACCAUAAUGGAUUCAUUGAAGAAAGUGAAUUGAAGAAAUCCCUGGUGAUGUUAGGCUAUCAUUUGUCUGAUCAAGACUUCCUGGAUAUUUUCCAAGUUUUUGAUUGCAGCCAAAGUCACUGUAUAUCCUUUGAAGACUUUAAAAAAACCUUGUUAACUCUUUAAUGCAAAUAUUUUGAAGAGAUACGUAGCAAAUAAUUCUUUAUACAAUAAGUUGUUAACUCAACGUUUUCUCAUUAGCAAUAAUCAACAUUUUUUUUAUAACAGAUUUUUAUUGCAAAUAGAAUGUCCAGUUGUGCUUAAAUUAUGCAUGUCUCUAUCUUAUUUUAUUUUUAUAUAUUUUUGUUGCAAUUGCAACAUGUUUCUAAUAUAUUGUUUACUGAUUAAACACUUAGGAUAUGAACAAAAAAGAUAGGAUUCUUUUUUUUUUUUUAAUAUUUCACUAUCAUGUGGUUCCAUAAUACAAAAAAUUGGUAGUAAAAUAAAGACAUGACUCCCUUAUUAAAACCUCUACAUGAAAAUAGAUGUGACAAAAUCAGAGACUGAUGAGUUCCUUUUAAUAUUUAAUGGUGAAAAAGUGAAUUCAGAGGUCACCAAAAAUAUUGGGUUGCGGAGUAUACAAAAUGACAAUCUAAGUAGGGUUAUUAUUAUUGUUAUAUACCAUUUUACUAUUUCAAGACUACUUUAGUACAUCAAAGUAAGGGUGAAGCUUAUACUUGAAGUCACAGACCCAUAUCUUGACUGCAUUUACAUCAAUCUACCCUUUUAUUUUAAACCAGAAAAUGAUACGAUUUUCAUAUUAUAAAUGUGGAAUGUGUGGCUGAGUGGCACAAACUGCUUAGCUUGCUAACUUAAUCUAGACAGGAAUUUAAUUCAAUUUGACUCAAGCUAUUAGGCUAUGUUUGUUGAAUACCUAAGGCAGCACUAAAAAACUAAAAAAUCCCCACCUUUCAAGUCUACAAAAGAUUUGACAAAAACACUCUGAGCUUGUUAUAGAAGCUUGUAAGACAAAAGCAAAAUUUUCAGAUAUUUGGCUACAAAACUUUCUCAAAGCAAGUAUGAGUUCAAUCAAAAUGUAAAAAGUCAACAAUUGUUUUUGCUUUAACAAUCAAACACACAAUUUGUACUACCUCUAGAUUUAUGCACUAAUGUCUCUUCAAAUUUCUUUGCAAUGAUUUGUUUUUGAAUGCUAAAUUGUACUUCAUAAUUGUUGCCAAUAGAUGUUGUUUUUAUAACAUCCAGGUAUUUGUUAUAUGAAUUAUAAAUCAUUGUAAUACAUGCAUGUGUUCAACAUGUGUGGCCCACUGGCUGUGAUAUAUUUGAUUAAUGAUAAAGAACCAUUAUAGAAUAAAGUUGUGUUUAAUGUAAUUUUUUUAUUUCAAUAUUUUUCAGAUGUUUAUUUAUUAUGUGUAUGCAAUUUCACUACCAUAAAAUGUGGGGUAAAUCAUUUUCAAUUUAUGAUUUAAGCCAAAAAUAUGAUUUGUAAAUAAUUUAUACUAGAUAUUUUGUUUUUUUUAAUUCAACCAAAGUAACUAAUUUAUAUACUUGGUGUUAUACAAUGUUUACUGUAAGCACGCAUACAUUUUGACAUUUUGAAUUAAUUGUUUCAGUUGUAAAAAAAAAUUUUUGCAAAAAAUAUAUUUGUUUAAUAUCACUGUAGUUAAUUAUUAUUUCAAAAUUUUGAAACUUGAUUUGUACUUCAGUUUUCUUAAUGAAAAUGUUUCUAAAAGAUAUUGUGAUAUUCUAUUUUACAUUUUUAUGCUACAUUUUAAUUUUGUAUGGGAUAAUUUCUCAGCGGAUGUAGGACCAAUUUAUAAACAAAUUAUUGUUGGUAAAAAUAAAAUGUAUAAAACUUACUUUAAAUUUUUUAGCCAGAUCCAAACUUUUGUGGUGGAAUGUGUGGCAGAAGGCUUUGCUGACUUUAAAUAAUCUCAUUAAGAUUGGAUUUCCUAGAGUACAAUUGCUUUACCAUAGAAAAGCUAAGCCAAACGUGAGAUGGACAUCUUAAUUAUAUGUUGUAUAUAUAUAUAUGUAUUUAUUAUUAUUAUUGUAUUUUGUUCUGUUAUUUACAGUAUCACAUGGUAUACCCAGAAUUAUAUUUUAGUUGUAGAGCUUAUUUAAUAAGUGUCAUAAUAAAAGGUCUAAAUAUUUUUUCUAA